AUGAAUCACGAAGAGUUUUUCAGCGAGUUUUUUGCAUUAUUCAUGUGGCUUCAAAUUCCCUCACCACUUGAUAUGAAUAUCAAGUAUUGGAAUGAACGGUUACAUUGCUUGCUGAGACUCUGUAAAUUAGUCUUUCCUUAUAUAACCCCACAAAAAAAUGACGAUAUUUCAAAAAUCUCGAAAGAAUUCGAGGAUAUUUUUUUAUGUUUUGAAAACAAAAUAAAAAACCCUCGGGGACUGAAACUUUUUACUUACAACCCUCUUUAUUUUCUUAUUGAUAUCAAGCAUAAAAAUAAAGAAAAUGAAGUAUCAAUUACGGAUUGUGGGAAGUUUUAUGACUUGGAUGUUGUGCAUCAGAAAAUUUCACAAUUCCUUAUUACAUAUAUCUGCGAGCUUAUUUCGAAAGUCGAUCAGGUUGGGAGAGAUAAUCCGGAUGUAGUUUACAGUCAGGAUUCAACAUCACCACCACUUCUGUUCCAACGCCUGAAACUGGCAAGACUCCAAUAUACUGUGGUGCGACAGUUGGAUGUGUUGUGCCGUUAUGGGCUUCUUAGUGAAGAAAGUAAAGAAUUCCUUGCUUCACAAAAAUGGUGGGCUGAGAAUCUGGUUAAAUGUCAUAUGUGCUAUCAAUCACCACACAUAAGCUGCCCAGAAGUUACUUACAUCGCUCUUACCAAACCUUCCAUUCACUUUCGUGAUGGUCAUAUUAAUGCAGCUUACAAGACAUGGUUAUUUAAUGAGUCAAAGAAUGCUAGCGACUUUGAAAUUAUAUUAAAAUGUAUGUACGUUAUACAGCAACUUAAAGACAAAACGGUUAUUGAUGAGUUUAAUCGUGAGAUGUCGAAAACAAAAUUACUUUCACACCCUAAUGACUUAGCCGUGGGUUUUGAAUAUUACUGUGGAAAUUAUCAAGCAAUUCCAGUUGGAAGAAGUCUUUCGCAAUUUUUCUUAUUUCUUUAUACUAAUAAAGUGAUACCCGCGAUCAUAAGCUCAAGGACGUUUAUUAAUUAUGCCAUAAAAAAUAUUGAACAAAUCAAUCUGACUUCAUCCGAUGCUCUUGGAGAUCUCAUAUCUCUCAUGGAAUUUACAACGUCUUUAAUUUUCGCAGUUGGACAAGUGCAUUGCGAUAUUUGUCUUCCUCGAAGUUUUUUGACUGAUUACUUUGACGCAUUUACCGCGAAACCGCUCAUUCCUGAUCGAUAUACUUACAGCAGAAAGAACUAUCUGUUUGCUAUCAAUAAUUCCAUCGAUCAAGUUCGAAAUCUUCUUGAUCUGUUGUUUUCUAAGCAGAAGAUUUACUUAACAAUUAUCCUCCGACUGAUACGGCUUUUGGUUCUUAUCGGUCUAAAUGAAUCCAAUUUUGUGCAGGAGAUCCUUUAUCUUUUUAAGCAAACUUUUAGCAAAAACAAAAUCUAUUCUACAAAAAUCCAGAAAUACCUAGAAGAAACCAAUUUUGUAAGACUUGUGGAAAUACUUUAUAGAGAUCUCAGGGAGGAACGUUAUGAUUCCUUAGUUAUCGUUCACCACAAAAAUAUAAGCAUAUCGAAAUUUGCUUGCUUCGAAAAUUUUGGUGUCAAAAGCUUUACUUACAAUUCUAUUGAGGAUUUCCGUUCGUCCCUUCGAAAUAUAUCUUCCUCUACCAGAAUUCCGGGCCAAUUUGAAAGUUAA